UCAGUUACUGACAACAGUAGCAUAAACAGGCGCGAAGAGAUAAUUUUUUCUUGUCGCGCGUCCGUGAUGGAUAAUUAUUCAAUAUUUUAACUAAGCGUGCAGCGUGCUAAUCAUUAAAAUAACAAUGAGUUCUAGGCUGUUACAACGUAUUGGGAUACCAAUGAUUGCUAUUCUAAGAAACUCCACGCAUAAGCUAGUGCGCCCCGAUGAAAGAUUUAUACUAUCUCCAUGCAAUGUAAAUAUAAUAAGAACCUAUGCUAAAAACAAAGACAGAGGUAAAGAUAAAAAAGGUAAAGGCGCUAAAGUUGAGAUUAAUAUAUCAAUGAUAUCAGAGGUUGUAGACGUGGAUAAGUUAAAAGGAAGAUGUCAAACGGCUAUAGAGAAAAUGAAAGACGAUUUUGCGAAGAACUUGUCGUUACGGUCAAGCACCGGAUCUAUAGAAUCUCUGUCUGUAAAAUUUGAGGGUAAAGAUUAUGAAUUGCAAGAGCUCGCACAAGUGGUACGAAAGAAUCCAAAAACUAUUGUUAUAGAUUUUAUAUCAUUUCCACAAGUUAUUCCUGAAGUGUUGAAGGCCAUUCACAGCUCUGGAUUGAAUUUAAACCCACAACAAGAUGGAACUCGACUCUAUGUGCCUGUACCUAAAGUUACAAAAGAACACCGUGAAGCAUUAGCUAAAAAUGCAAAAGCUUUAUAUAUUAAAUGUAGAGAUGCUAUGAAAGAUAUACAAAAUGAAUAUAUCAAAAAGGCUAAAAAACAAACAGGAGUAUCUGAGGAUCUACUGUUUAGUGUUUCAAAACAAAUAUUAGCAAUGUGUGAGGAAUAUCAAACAGAAGCUAAAACAAUAUAUGAAAAAAAGCAUUCAGAACUUGUUGGCUAACACAUAAUAUGUGUUUUGAUAGCUACAAAUAUGUAUUGUGUAUUACAUCACACAACUUUACCUUUUUAUUUAACUUUAUGAUACAUACAUAGAAUUUACUGUUCAAUAUUUAUUACAUUUAGCAUUUAUUAGUCACUUUAAGCCUGAGUUUUGUUAUAAUAUAAAGAUCAAAAACAUAAUAAGAAAUAUAUUCUGGUGAUUUUC